GUGCGCCAUCUAAACCCCCCAACAUCAUGGCUGGAUCUCGGUCAUCAACCACGCGCUUACUAUAUACCCUACGUUCAUCCCUCAAAACCACGCCGUAUUCAUCAUCAAGAUCACCGGCACCGCCGUCACAAAUCACUGCCCUCCUCCAUCUCCACCGUCACUACUCAGCUGCACCAGCUGUGAGAGCGAAGGAUGAUCAGGAGCCAUGGUGGAAGGAGUCGAUGAAUAAGGUGAGAAACAUCGGAAUAUCGGCUCAUAUUGAUUCGGGAAAAACGACGCUUACGGAGAGGGUUUUGUUUUACACGGGGAGGAUUCAUGAGAUUCAUGAGGUCAGAGGGAAAGAUGGCGUUGGUGCGAAAAUGGAUUCAAUGGAAUUGGAACGAGAGAAAGGGAUUACUAUUCAAUCUGCAGCUACUUACUGCACUUGGAAAGAUUACCAGAUAAAUAUCAUUGAUACUCCAGGUCACGUGGACUUCACAAUUGAAGUUGAGAGAGCAUUGCGGGUUCUUGAUGGUGCUAUUCUUGUUCUCUGUAGUGUUGGUGGUGUGCAAAGUCAGUCGAUUACUGUUGAUAGGCAAAUGAGAAGAUAUGAGGUUCCAAGGAUUGCUUUCAUUAACAAACUUGAUCGAAUGGGGGCAGAUCCAUGGAAGGUUCUCAAUCAGGCAAGGAAAAAGCUUCGACAUCACAGUGCUGCAGUGCAAAUUCCGAUUGGGUUGGAAGAGGACUUUCAGGGUCUUGUGGAUCUUGUGCAAUUAAAGGCAUAUUAUUUUCGUGGUUCUAGCGGUGAAAACGUUGUAACCGAAGAAAUUCCAGCUGAUAUGCAAGCAAUGGCUGCAGAAAAGCGGCGUGAAUUAAUUGAAGCUGUCUCCGAUGUCGAUGAUCAACUUGCUGAAGCAUUCCUAAGUGACGAACCUAUAUCGUCUGCUGAUCUUGAGGCAGCUAUUCGUCGAGCAACUAUAGCACGGAAAUUUAUACCAGUAUUUAUGGGUAGUGCAUUUAAGAACAAGGGAGUACAACCGCUUCUGGAUGGUGUGUUUAAUUAUUUGCCGUGUCCACUUGAAGUUGACAAUUUUGCCCUUGAUCAGUCUAAGAAGGAAGAAAAGGUUAAGCUGUCUGGAACUCCAGCUGGACCUAUGGUUGCAUUGGCUUUUAAACUUGAGGAACGACCAUUUGGUCAGUUGACAUAUUUAAGAAUAUAUGAUGGCGUGCUCAAGAAAGGUGAAUUUAUUACAAACAUUAACACAGGAAAGAAAAUCAAAGUGUCUAAACUAGGCCGGAUGCAUUCAGAUUCUAUGGAGGAUAUUCAAGAAGCGCAUGCGGGUCAAAUUGUAGCAGUAUUUGGUUUAGAUUGUGCAUCUGGAGAUACUUUUACAGAUGGAUCAGUCAAAUACACCAUGACUUCUAUGAAUGUUCCAGAGCCGGUGGUGUCCUUAGCCGUUUCACCGGUUUCAAAAGAUUCCGGAAAGCAAUUCUCAAAAGCUUUGAAUCGGUUUCAAAGAGAGGAUCCUACAUUCCGUGUUGGAUUGGACCCUGAGAGUGGUCAGACAAUCAUAUCUGGAAUGGGAGAGUUGCAUUUGGAUAUUUACGUGGAGCGCAUUCGGAGGGAGUACAAGGUUGAUGCAACUGUUGGAAAACCUCGGGUCAACUUCAGAGAGACUAUUACACAACGUGCAGAAUUUGAUUAUUUACAUAAGAAGCAAAGUGGAGGCCAAGGUCAAUACGGAAGGGUGUGUGGGUAUAUGGAACCACUUCCAGCCGGAUCGGAAACGAAGUUUGAGUUUGAGAACAUGAUAAUAGGACAAGCUAUACCCUCCAAUUUUAUCCCACACAUUGAGAAGGGCUUCAGGGAAGCUGCCAAUUCCCAAUGGACAGUAUUUUGUUCAUGGAAGGUCGCUGGACGUGUACACUGCAAGUGCAAUAUAGUAAUGUUCCCAGCAUCUGAUAUUCAGCUAAACUAGUUACUACAAAGUAGGGGUAGAAAUUUCUGUGAUCUUGAAAAGAUUUUCUUUCUUGGGAGUCGAUAGUUGAUUGCCACAAAGCUGUUAGACCUCAUGGUAAUCAUAAAUAAGUUAUAGGAUAAGUAAGUUGAAAUCCCUGUAAAUCACUCACUCCAUCCUAUAAAAUUUCAACAAUCAGAGAAUCACUUUUUGGCUCAAAACUUCAUGUCCAACUAGUUCAAUCCUUUUUCUUCAAAAUUCUUUUUGAUAAAAAUGUUCUAAACUUAAAGCAUCUGUUGCCCCCAAAAAACUCUCGAAUAACUAGAUGAACUGAAUAGCUUUUGUGCCAGUUGUUAAACACAAGUUCAAUGGGACAGAAGCAGCAGCAAAUAUAUUUAGCUCAUUAGGGAGGAAUUCAUUAGAAUGAUAAUCUACUAUGGAGUUGGAGGCAGAGAAGCAAAGUAGAAGUGCCAUAUGGGAAAGAGAUUCAUGAUUCGACUUCUUUAUAGAUCUUGGUGGAUAAAAUGGAAUUCAGCUUCUUUGCCUCCUACUGCAACUUGGUCCAUGGUCAAUAUACUAAAGUGCAUUUCACCUGGAUGGUUGUUCUGUCUUGCUAACUGUAUUUGUUAUUGUUUCAACCAUUUAAA